GGGCUAGCAAGUGGCCGCCCGGGAACCGGCGGUCUCGGAGGAGCCGGCAGCCGGCCCUUUCCCCGCCUCCCCGUGCUUCUCCUCCCCGCAGGAGCGCCGCAAGCCGCGCGCUUCCCACUUCCGCCCCCUCCGCCUGCCGUUGGAGCUUGCAGAGCCGAGCCGCCGGCGCUCCCCUCCGCCUGCUCCUCGCUUCUCCGGUGCUUCCCCGGCCGCCGCCCCAGGCCCCGCGCCCGCCGCCCCACGCCGCUGCCGACAUGAGCUUCUUGUUUGGUAGUCGCUCUUCUAAAACUUUUAAACCAAAGAAGAACAUCCCAGAGGGGUCCCACCAGUAUGAACUCUUAAAGCAUGCUGAAGCCACCCUUGGCAGUGGCAAUCUCCGGAUGGCUGUCAUGCUUCCUGAGGGGGAAGAUCUAAAUGAGUGGGUUGCAGUUAACACGGUGGAUUUCUUCAAUCAGAUCAACAUGCUCUAUGGGACUAUUACAGACUUCUGCACUGAAGAGAGCUGUCCAGUGAUGUCAGCCGGCCCCAAAUAUGAAUAUCACUGGGCCGAUGGAACAAACAUAAAGAAGCCCAUCAAGUGCUCUGCUCCAAAGUACAUUGAUUACCUGAUGACUUGGGUUCAGGACCAGUUGGAUGAUGAGACGUUAUUUCCAUCAAAAAUUGGUGUCCCGUUUCCGAAGAACUUUAUGUCCGUGGCGAAAACGAUCCUCAAACGCCUGUUCAGGGUUUAUGCUCACAUUUAUCAUCAGCAUUUUGACCCUGUGAUCCAGCUGCAGGAGGAAGCUCAUCUCAACACGUCCUUCAAGCACUUUAUUUUUUUUGUUCAGGAAUUCAACCUUAUUGAUAGAAGAGAACUCGCACCACUCCAAGAACUGAUUGAAAAACUCACCUCAAAGGACAGAUAAAAGGACACAAGCAUGAAUGUUCUUGAAAUGAAGCUGUGUGCAGUGUAUUUGGGUCCUGGUCAUGCUGUGUUUUUAUCUACAUUGUUUUGUCUUUGGUUUGGGGGCUUGUGUGGGUUCUUAUUUUUUUUUUUUUAUUCUUUAUCUCUGAAACCAUAUUUUAUUGAUAGAGGAAGCCAAGAAACAUUCUCUGUACUUUUGAUAGGGAGAAAUUGUGUUUUAUUGGUGUGGCUUUUUUAAAAAUUAAUUUUGAUUACUUGGGAAAUAUUUUGCAAUAUUCUGUGCUAAAAGAAAACACUUGCUGAUUGACAUGCUGGUAGAUGGGGUUCUGUGUUGUGUAAAUUGUGGCCCAUUUAUCAAGUCCCCAAAAGACUUUUGUUUUAAAGUGCCUUGGCAGGCUCACGUCCGAAGUGCAAAGCACAGACACAGAACUGAGUGAACAGGGCUUGAAGCCGUGGUGGGAUAAUACCCAGGGCACUCUGUGUGCAUGCUGUAAAACACCUGUGAUAAAAGCCAUAGCUGACCUACAUUGGUGAUCUCCAGCUUUUACUACAUUGAAGAAACAUAAUUUGUAAAGCUGUGCAUGUAGAACAUAAAAAAAACCCACAAAUAUUUCUUAAUUAUUUUUUAUAUUGACAGUAGUAGAGUCUGCUCAACAAAUACUUAAAAGUUCUACAAGCAGGUCUUUUCCAUCUGUUGAUAUCUGUGAUAUUGAAACUUGAGGAUGUUGAAAUGUAAUACAUUUUACAUUUUGGCUUGUUUUUACUGCACUGUAGGUGUAAAAAUUCAGGUUAUAUAGAAAAUUGCCAUCUUCAGAGUUGAUACUGAACUGUGAGGUUUCUUAGCAAUUGCCAAAUGAGCCAUAAAUCUGUAGAAUCCCUUUCUACUUUGAAUAGGAGGGGAUGAGAGAGUGUUUUGUCAGGGAGGUGGUUAGUUUUGUGGGUAAUGAGGGGUGGGGUUAGGUAUAGGGAGUCAAGUUCUAGAAAGCCCUGGCUUAAAACCCUUGAAAAAAGAAUGGUGUGAAGAUUUUUUAAAAAGUAGGUAUAAAUAAGCAAAGUCUUAGAGGCUUCCUGUGAGGAAUCAACUUCCUUGAGAAGUUACAAAUAAAUUAAUAAUUUUAAGUACAGAUACUAAGCAUAGAACUUAAAGAUGGGAGAAAUCGAUACCUUUUUAGCAUUUCCAUUCAGUGAAUGGAACUGGUCUUUUGCUUAUCAUUUUUAAAUGAUGCAUACCUUCCUUGCUUACUGUAGGCUCAGUUUGAAGCUUUCUGACUCCUUGUGUCUCCGCUGUGAGAAGUCAUUUCUUUGCAGUGAUAUCAAACAGUUAAAAUGCUGUACCUCUCUAGUGAAUUAUUUCCAUAAGUAACAAGUCAAGAAAUUUAGCUUUUAGAAUGAAAAGAAAUACUAAGUUUUCACUUCUUUUAUUCUUGAGAUAUACCUGUUUCUGGCUUCUAAUUUUAUUUUUGUCACUUACAGCAAAUCUGCUUCAAUAAGAAAUACAUGUCCUUUCAGUUAGAGAACCUGCUUUUCCCCGGUGCACUG